AUGGAAAAUUAUGCAAAUACAGUUGAGUUUGAUGAUUAUAUGUUUAGUAAUAACUUUGAAAAGGAACAUGAAGAACUUGAUGCUGAUUAUGCUUCAGAUACUAAGGAAUUGGCUAAUCUUUUGCAAUUCGAUAGUGAAAAUUUAGAUAUCAAAAGCAUGUUAGAUUUUAAUGUUUUUUCUGAAAGAAAUGAAAAUGAAAAAACUGAUACGGGUAAUAUAAACUUAGAUCAUGAAGAUGAAUACGAUUAUAAUAUUGAAGAUAUUAUUAAUGCAUCCACAAAUUCUUUGCUUCCAGCUUUUAAACAUUUAUAUAUGAUUAUAUAUAGGCAUUAUUGGUAA